GGACGGGACGGGACGAAUGCACGCUCUCUCUAGGUGUGUCAGGAUAAGGCGCCCAACGACGGAUCUAGGCCCUGGCUGCGGCUGCCCAGCCCGGCUCUGCUCGCCCCAGCAGUGGCCGACUGGUGUUCGAACAAAUGCCUCAGCGCCCAGUACCUAUCUACGGCACGGCAGUUAAUGGCCGGAGAAGAGCCAAGACCAAGUCACGAGCGGCGAUGGCCGCUCCACGGAACGGUGUUGCACGCCGGAGCGAAAAUGUCAAAAAACGGCGACGUUCGAGGCGCCGAGGAGGUCGGAGGUCGGAGGUGACUUCGCCGGAGCCGAGUGGACGACGACGGUAGGACGUUCCUGUCAAGGUGGCUUCCGAACGCUGGUGUGAACCCACGGUGUGUGUGGUGGUCGUGUGGCAGUCAGCAGUCAACACACCCUCUCCGCUUACCAUCGCUGUCCACAGAUUCCAUUUGACCGCCCCCUGAUACAAGUCCCUCACUGGUCUGAGCAGCAGCCGUCGCUCUGGAUACAAGCUCAAAGCCGCAACGGCAGCUAGGCUAACGGAGCAGCCAUUCCGACUGAGCAACUGAGCAUUGCGAAGCUUCCCCAUUCUAGUUAAUCUUACUAUAGUUACCCUGAUCUGGGUACAAGCUCAAAGCUCAUGCCAUGAGUGAGGGCGGCUCACACAUGCAGCCUCAGCUGGGGAACUCUCACACGGCGAACAGCGAGCAGCCUGAGCCGGCCACCAUGCCGAUGAACGGCAUGGCUGCUUCGAGGCCAGGCAAUGGCCAGACGGCAGAUGAAGCAGCCGCCAGCGGAGUGACGGAGGAUAUCGAGGCGGCCGGCAACAACAAUGGGCAAGGUCCGCCCAACAGGCCAGCAAGCCAUGAAUCCAGCAUCAAGGUUGAUUUCGAGUUCUUGUGGAGGUUGCGGAAGUAUCUGCUACUUCUGGCGGUGUUGGCCGUUGGUGUCACUUACAAUGCUGGGUUGAGCCCGCCGGGGGGAUUUCAGAUGGACAGACUUGACCGCCAUGCCGGUGAUCCUCUCCUCCCGCUUAGAUUCUUCCAGCGAUACCAAGCCUUCUUUUACUGCAACGCCACAGCCUUUGCUGCUUCUCUGGUCUUGAUCAUCUUGCUCCUGAGUAGGGGAGUGGCGAGCAAGCAUGUCUGGCUUCGCUCGAUGCAGUUUACCAUGAUACUGGAUCUUUUCAGUCUCAUGGGGGCAUAUGCCGCGGGGAGUUGCAGAGCACUAAGGUCUUCCGUUUACAUAUUGGUGCUGGUCUGUUCUGUUUUCGUCUAUGUUGUGGUUCAUAUCCUGUUGCUUAUGAGGGCAGUUCCACAGCCGUUAAAAGAUCAGGUGCAGAAAACCCAGGAUCUCAUUCUGAAGAAGCUGAAACGCAUGCUAAAAAAGGUGCCAUCUAUUUGCCCUGUCUCUGAUCCUGACAGGCAAAGGAGCAACCGAGAUUACGCAAGGGAGAUCGAGGAGGCUCGCAAGUUCAUAUUGAUGCUUGCAACUUUUGCUGCUACUAUCACAUACCAAGCUGGGAUAAGUCCACCUGGUGGCUUUUGGGGUGCAAAUAAUCCUGAACACCGUGCAGCCACUUUUGUUCUCCGCAAGCACAACCUCCUCCGCUUCAAUAUCUUCACGUGUUGCAAUGCGACCUCUUUUGUGGCGUCUUUGGUCACAGUCAUACUGCUUCUGAGCACGGAACUGAGCACGCAUGGGAUAAGGACUCAAGCGCUGUCUGUGUGCGUCGUGGCUGUUCUGCUGGGGCUCAUUGGUGCUUAUGCUUCAGGGAGCUGCAGGGAUGUUGCAACAUCGUUGUCAGUGAUACUCAUAAUUGCUGUGGUUCUAAUCUGUGUUCUGAUUCUUGUUAUUUGCCUUCAUUGCAAAGCUGUAACGGUGUGGGUGGAUGAGGAGCUGAAGCCAGCACUUGGCAAAAUGCUGAGGAUGCUGUCAUUGGGGCAAGAUGAUUCUCCAAGAGCUCACCAGCAAUGUACAGAUUGUCAGAGAAGGCACCAUCAAGAUACAGAGCUUGUUUCUCAGAGAAAUCACCAGCAAGAUACAGAUCUUGAUUCUCAGAGGAUUCACCAUCAAGAUACAGAGCUUGUUUCUCAGAGAAAUCACCAGCAAGAUACAGAUCUUGAUUCUCGGAGGAUUCACCAACAAGAUACAGAGCUUGACUCUCAGAGAAGUCAGCAGCAAGAUACAGCACUUGACUCUCAGAGGGUUCGCCAGCAAGAUACAGAGCUUGAUUCUCCGACAACUCACCAGCAAGCUACAGAGCAUGUAGUUCGAGAUACAGAAGUAGAAGGUGUCAUGUCGAAUUUGCAGUGCUACUCUGCUGACAGCGAUCUUGUAUCAACUGGAGAUAUGAGAUCUGUAUCAGCCAGUGAUUUGGAUAGCAUGGAGGACAUCAUGCCAACAACACUACAUCAAUCUCAUGAUCAGAGUGAACAUGCUGCAAUUAGAGUUGUAUGCUCAUCAUCAACAGAUGCCCUAACUACCGAGGAAGUUCCAUCGGACAACUUGGAAAUACAACCUGCUGGCAGUCAGCAGGUUGCAAUCCCCAUGGCACUAUCAUCAAGUGACGGUGGAAAUUCUAUCCAAGGUAUUUUACCGUUGCAGGGCUCGGUGGACGAAAAUGCAACAUCUGGUAACCUGAGGAUGGAUGCUGAUGAUCCGGCAAUGGGAUGUGAAUUACCCGACAGCCAUGGGGACAGCACAGAACAGCAUGGUCAGCAAAUGUCCAAUAACCCUACUAGUGCAGAUGAUCGUGAUGUUAGAUUAGAGAUCGACAACACUGCCAAUGAUCAAGCCCCACAGCAUCAGAGAUGUAUUAAAUGCAGCUGUAGAAAUCCAGAUGAUGCUUUUCUGAAGAAGUCACGCACUUACCUAUUGCUUCUUGCAAUUCUUGCCGUGUCUUUGACAUAUCAAGCUGGUUUAAAUCCACCAGGUGGCUUCUGGACAUCAAAUGCCACAAAGCACUCUGCUGGCGAUCCCAUUCUUGGGGACAGUGGUCGUGUCUGGACAUCAGGUGGCACUAAGCACUCUGCUGGUGAUCCCAUUCUUGAGGACAGUUAUCAUAAGAGAUACCUUGCCUUCUUUUAUUUCAAUGCCACUGCAUUUGCAGCCUCCCUUGUCAUGAUCCUUAUGCUCCUGAGCAGGAAGAUGAGCAACAAGGUUAUAAAACGCCGGGCACUGCAGACAGCAAUGAUAACCGAUUUGCUUGCUCUAAUGGGGGCCUUUGUUGUUGGGAGUUGCAGGGAGAAGACAAAAUCUAUUUACAUAUCAGUGUCGAUAUUUAUCGUGGUUGCAUAUGUCCUUCUCCAUGUUUUAGUGUUUAGGCAUAAUGGAUGGUUGAAAGUGUGUGUUACCCAGAGGAUGAAGUUUGCACCACCUCAGACAGAUAAUGAGUCAAGAGAUGCUAAGGAGAAGGACUUGGCGCGGAGGCGGAAUUUGCUCUUUAUUCUUGCAAUUCUGGCGGCAACUGUCACGUACCAAGCUGGCCUGAACCCGCCAGGAGGCAUUUGGCCUGAUGAGAACAGUAAGGGUGGCAAACCAGGCAAUCCAGUUCUUCAAGACAGCCACCCAGAGCGCUAUGAUGUUUUCUACUACUCCAAUGCUGUCUCAUUUGCGUCAUCUGUGGCUGUCAUCAUUCUUCUUGUUAAUAGGGAAUCAUGUGAGGAUGGAAUCAAGUCGUACGCAAUCCGUGCGUGCUUGGUAGCGGGUUUGCUGGGCCUCCUGAUUGCCUAUUCUGCAGGAACCUGCAGCAAAGCGAGACCGGUAAUAUAUCUUAUUGUCAUAGCCUCUGCAGCUCUAACAUGCCUUGUGAUUCAAGUACUUGUACUACAAGAUGCAUUAGAUGGGCCACUGACCAGGUUAAGGGGUCGGUUGCGGAAGAUUCUUCAUCUAGAGCCUGACUCUGAGACACCGCUGGAAAGUUCAGAUGAAGAAAACACGGAAAGAAAUGCUCAGGGGUCAGGCACCCUUAUUAGUGAGAAGAGGGAAAAGAAGAGACAGAAGUACUUGAUGCUUCUUUCGGUUCUUGCUGCAUCCAUUGCGUACCAAGCUGGUCUAAACCCGCCUGGUGGCUUCUGGCCUGAUGACACUCCCAAAAAUGGUUACAAGGCUGGCAACCCGGUACUUAAGGACAUAAACUCCUGGCGCUACAUGGUAUUCUAUGUCUUCAAUUCCAUCUCUUUCAUGUCAUCUAUUUCUGUAGUCAUGCUUCUGCUGAGUAAAUCUGUGAGACAGAAGAAGGUUCCGCUCCAAGCAUUGCACUUCAUCAUGAUACUGGACCUGUCGGCUCUGAUGACAGCUUAUGCAGCUGGAAGUUGCAGAAAGUUCAGGACUUCAAUAUUCAUCCUCGUGGUAGUAUGUUGUGUGCUGGUGUACCUUCUGUUUAUUAUUAUCUUGUCAAGUCGCAUAGCAAGAUGGCUGAAAAAACAGAAAAACAAGGUGGCUUCCUUGCUGCUGGAGCCUAGCCAUGCCGCUGCAACUUCAGCAUGACACCGGACCUGAAUGGAAUGUUUGAAUAUCUUUCUUCCCCCUAUUGUAAUAUGUUCAUUGUAGUUCAAAUGGAACCCAUAAAUUCUCAGUUGUAGGCUUUUAUUCAGGAUAAAAACAUUUAUUUUCCUUGCUCUUGAAGAAAUAUUUUGUUAUGACAGAGAUCUUCAGGCUGCGAUGAAGUAUCCCCUUAGUUAAGACGUAGUUGAUCACCUAUGGUAUGGACGUAUGGGCUGGAUGUAGAGAUGGGGCAUGCUUAGAGUUGUGUUUUGUCUGUAAUGAGUUGGUUUGAUUGAUGAAGAAAGUUUGCAACUCUGAUUUUC